GUGUCCCACGCAACUACUGCCUCUGUUACUUUGGCAGGAAGUCCGUGAUUGGCACAACGUUGACUGCAUCGUUUCAAGGCAGACUUUUUCCGACAGCAUGCAGACGACUGUGUCGAAGCGACAUUCAACUCGAAAGUCAGUGGUAGACACUCACAUUUAAAAAGAAGAAAAUUCUUUGUUUCGGAGCUUACCUUGGUCGCUCGUAACGUCGUUGUGUUGCCAGCACCACUGCCACGUCCAUCACCACCUGUGACCACCACCAACACCGACUGGAGUCGAGCCCCUCAGUCACUGAGUCAGGGAACUGUCUGUCUUACUGAUACAUGUGUACCGCCACUAACGCAGCUCCAGCGGCCAAGUGGCCAGCUCCGGGAUUCGUCAAGAACAACAACUAGAUGAGUGACAGCGCAUCGGACCCGCCGACAGCGGACUUGCGGAAGUUAGAACGCUGCAGUGGUGGGCACUGCUAGUCUUCUGGUAUCUGUGCCUCUCACGGGUUUUCCUACUGCCCGAGCUGAAGGAGCUUGCCUGGACUGAAGUAGAGGCGACUUGGCCUUGGUGCUCAUGGUGCGAAGACCGCUAGCUCACGCCAACCCGACCUGCUGAGGAACUCGACCCACGGGGCACGCGAUCCGGCAAGAUCAGUCAGAAGAAAUUUCCGGGACGAGAAUUUUGUUACGGUCGCUCGCCGUCGCACAGUCAAUCCGUCCCAACUGUUACAAGAGCCUCCCUAACCGAACGGAAAGGUCAUCGCAGAGGGCUGCCUGUCUUGCAGCCGCUAGUUAAUUGUACUACAAGCACUCGCUAGCGAGGAUGACGAAGCUGUCACAACUCCACCUGUCGGCAGUCGCGGCGGCUGCAUUGGCUGUGCUUUUCCUGGCGAAGGUCGCUUUGUGCACUGCCAGUGACUCAGACGCUGGUUCUGCUGCCCUGGGCAACGACCAGACCAAUCAGGCGGCGGCGCAGGCAAGCAUACCUGAGUACGUCAAGCUACUCUACAAUCGUGUCCAAGACGGUGCUGGCUAUCGCUACGCGUCCAUGGCAUCUCCCCAUGCGGCGCGAUUCCGCUUUGCCUCGUCGAAUGCCGACGGCGAUGACGACGAGGUCAUGUUCUCACGGAACAACGACGUCACCGAUCCGAUCGACGUGCCCAGCACGGACGACCAGGAGAUCUGGCAGCCAUUCCAGCGCGAAGAGUCUCAGCUGAACGAAGGCGCAAGCGCGGUUUUCUUCACCGGAACCGUGACAUCGCUCCGGUCUUCGGACGUCGUCCCAACCGGCGACGGCAGGAGUGCGGAAACGCUCUGGGGAGAUGGUGGCGGUCAUCAGGCACUGGAUGUGUUCGACUUCAAACUCCGCAACCAACGUAGCAACAGAAACGGACCCGUCGACUUCCAAUCAGCGUACCUUGACUUCUGGUGGCAGGGUCUCAACGUCACUGAUGACGCUCUCGUCGGCAAUCUCCUGCUGCAGUUUGAGCUGGAUCUGCAGCGUGGCUCACGCCGCCUGCAGACGCUGAUCAAGUCGUUCCCGCUGUCCAACCUGCCGCGUGGUAAUUGGCUGUCGGUCGACAUGACGACGGCAUUGCAGGUGUGGCAAGCGUUCAUUAGCGAUUCAGAAACGACUGCAACCGUCACCACCACGGGUGAAACCGCCGCGCUGAAUGAGCUGGCUUUCUCGGCGUUCAUUGUUAGCCGUUACGCCGAAGAUGAUGAUGAUGAUGCGGAGGAAAGCGAGCAACGGUCUUCUCCUCUGGACCUGCAUGCAAUGCUGGUUGAUGAGGACCGUCAGCCUGUGCUCACACUGAUUCGGAACAACGGCGCUGAUGACGAGGAGCAACUUGAGCUCAGCGAAGCUGGCAUUGAAUACCUUCAUAGACAGGAAUUGGAACACAGUGCGGAGCGGAGACGACGCUCCUCAGACUCCGACGAUGCCGACCUGAGCUGGGCGCCGGGGCAGUCCUGGUUGCCAAAACGACGCCGCAGUUGUCAGCUGUUCCAGUACUCGGUGCCGAGUGACAAGUUCCGCAACAACAUCAUCCAGCCGCAGAUGAUCCCGUUAAAUAUCUGCCAUGGAAUGUGCAAGGUGCCUUUCCAUGACUACUUGAAUGCGUCCACACACGCCACUCUAGCCGCCGUCUGGAAGCAAAAGUCUCGCAUGUCUCGAACCCAACGAGCAUCGCAGUCUGAAGACACGGCUGGACCCGAAUUGCAAGGUGACGAGCGACCGAAGCCGCAGACCGAAUGCGUUGCGGUGGGCUUCAAGCCGCUUCACCUCCUCACCGUCCACUACCACGAGGAGAGCACGAGCACGAGCUUGGAGACACUGGCCGACCUGGAGGCGGCGGCGUGCGGUUGUCGUUGACGACCGCACGACGGCGGCGAGGAGAAACCAUGGCUACCGGUUGACCCCGCCCUGGCUGGCUGGCCUGCACUGGAAUAGAUGUAGCCGAGAGAGAGAGAGAGAGAGAGAGAGAGAGAGAGAGAGAGAGAGAGAGAGAGAGAGAGAGAGAGAGAGAGAGAGAGAGAGAGAGAGAGAGAGAGAGAGAGAGAGCGCACACACGUUGUUCAAGUAACACACACGGUGGACGUAGUGUACACACGCUCCGCAGCCGCCUGCCUUCCACUGGCCUCGCACGCGCGCGCGCGCGCGCAAUCACUCAUCACUCCACUUAGUGAGUCGCUCACUGGUGACCGCUGACUGCACUGCUAGCUAUUUGAAUGGAGAUUGCGUCGCGUAGUAGAGGGUUGUGAUGGCUAGCGUGUGCGCCCUCGCCUGUGACCCAACGCAUGCCGCAUACUGGCCUGACGCCUCGUCCCAUCAUGCUAUGACUGAGAACAUGAUAAUCUGUAUAACAUAAUAUCAUCACUUGAUCCGCGAUCUCUCAUUAUAACUUCAUGAGCUGCUAAUAAGAAGAAUAGCGUUUUUUCUCGUCGACCUUGCAUUCAUUAUAUUAAUGGGUGUAUUACAUGUACAUCAUGUGACGCAGCGGCGAGCCUCGAGAAUAGUCCGGUCAUGACUUUAGUGCCACGCGUGCCGCUGUAAUCCUGAAUCAGAAUGCAUUUUUCAACCACUAGCUCCUAGAACUAAGACUUCAUGGCUGUAGGGUAUGAUUUUAACGUUAACUCCAUGGGCACAUGCGUCUUGUAUGACAUCCUAUUUCACUUGAUCCGCGACUCUCCGAUUCUCUUGUAA